AUGGAGGGAAACUGUGUACUGAAAGCAGCAAGGCCAGCAGCGACAUUUGAGAUAAUAAACAGCCACACAGUGGUCAAGCUGCUGGCCACCACCACCAAUGCCCAGCUGAACCUGCAGGACCGAGUGGGUGAGACUGCCCUGCACUAUGCCGCCCAGCACCACAAGGUGGACCUUGUCCAGCUUCUGCUGCUUAAUGCGGACAGUCCCAGCAGGCUGGUUUGCAUUGCCAACAAUGUGGGCGACACAGCGCUGCACAUGGCUUGCCGGUCCCCUGGCCAAGAGCAAGAACGGCUGGUGCGCCUUUUGAUGCACCAUGGUGCACCAGUAGAAGCACUGAACAAGGAAGGAAUGCGCCCCGUUGACCUGCUGCCCCCUGACCUACAGUCUGAGGUGGGCUUUCUGCUGGAUAUCUGAAGAGGGCCAAGCUCAGCUGGCUGCACUGUGACUGGUUACGGGCCAGAUACCGCAUCUGUCAUCUCUCGUGCUUAUAACUGUGGUCCUUGCCAGAUCGCAUGUUGAAGUAAAAAGGUUGCAUCUGCAGCUGGCCCUCGGCUGACAAGAAGACUCAAUUUUUGACCUCGUCUGCAUGGAACAUUUACUGGUGCCUAAAACUCUUAGUUUGGAAGGGGCACUCACUCAGAAGCAUUACGAAGGUAGGAUUCAGAGUGCAGUAAACAUUUGCAUUUCUGAUGGGUUUGUCACAGUAAUUUAGGCCUACAGCUGCCUGAGCUGUAUAUUGCUCUCCAAGAAGAAUCGUGCUACUUAGUGAAGGUUGCAGCACUCACUGACUCAAGCUGUGAAGGCAAAGCGCAACAAAGAUGGCUUGGUUUGUCAGAAGACUGCAAAUGAUUUCGAAUCGGUUCUGUGCUUCUUGACAGAUAUAAAUGUCUGAAACGUAAAGGUCGAAGGGAUAACCUGUAGAAGCUAGCUUCAAGCAUAGCAGGUAUGUGCCUUCUUGAAAUGCACUCGCCCCUAUCCUGCGACAAUGGGCCAUUGUUCAAAUGGUGCAUGUCUGGCAGUUGCAUUGACUGGACAGCCCAA